CAUUCAACUUUAAUACCAAGGCGGGGGCCACAAACUAUCAUCCUGCGGGCUUCAAUUGGCCCGCGGGCCGUGAGUUUGAGACCCCUGUUGUAAAUUGUGAUUACUUAUUUCCAGUACUUUACAUACAAUGUAUAUAUUUGUAAUAUCAAUCGUCGCUAUAACAUCACUUUUUGCCUGGUGGUAUCAACGUCCUUUUCGAGCUCCUCCCGGUCCAAAAGGUUUUCCAAUAGGUGGUGUGAUCCCAUUCAUGAGUAAAAAACCAUAUAUUGAAUUUUCUAAAUGGAGCAAGAAAUUUAGAACGGUUAUAUCUGUACUAGUGGGAAGCUGGAUUGUGCUCAAUUCGUAUGACGUUAUUCGGCAAGCUCAGAACAUUGUAGAAUGGGCUCCAUCCCACGUUCAUGCCAAAGCAUUGGGAAGUAACAACUUUGGAAUCGUUUUUACCGCUGAUAAAAUUUGGGAAAAUAAUCGAAAAUUUGGAAAUGUGACAUUCCGAGCCCAUUGUGUUGGAAGACGAUGUUUCGAGAAACAUAUCCAGGAAGAAAUCGCGUUUUUAUUAAAAUCCAUCGACGAAAACCAACGAAAUUCUGAGAAAAAUCGCACUAUUAUUUUCAAUUCAGUUACCAACGUUAUGUGUCGUGUUAUAUUGGGAAAACGAUUUGAAUAUAAUGAUGUGCUUUCUCAACACUCUGCCAAAAACUUUUUAAAUGAUCCUAGGAAAGCAAUGAUGUUCAAUUUAGCUGUGCUACUUCCCUUCACAAAAAUUCUUCCCCCUGUUAAAUCGGUGCUUGACGAAAGUUUAAAACAGCAAGAAGACUCAUCUAGUCAGUUUAAAAAAGAAAUAUCAAGAAUUCAAUCCGAGAUGAAAGCAGGCAAAUUUGAAAAUUUUAUCAAGCGUUUCCUAUUGAACAAAGGCGGAAAAAAACGAGUUCGGCGAAAACGAGUAUUUUACUUCAAAUGUUCAAACCACCUUUUGUGGUGUUUUCUCACAUUUUUACACUACCCAAGUUGCCAGGAUAAAAUUCAGUCGGAAAUUCGAGACAUUAUUGGCAUACAAACACCUUCAAUGGAACAUCGAGAUUUCAUGCCUUACACACAGGCAUUUGUUGAAGAAAUUUUUCGUUAUUGUUCGUUAGCGCCAAUUGGUAUACCUCGAUGUAGCCCUAAUGACGUCGAAAUUAAUGGCUUCAUCGUGCGCAAAGAUGUGAAAGUUAUUUUCAAUAUAUGGGGUGCCCAUAAUGAUUCCAAUAUAUUUGAAAAGUUAGAGGAGUUCCGACCAGAACGAUUUUUAAACGAUGAAGGGGUGUUCGUCAGAUCAAAAUAUGUUAUUGCGUUCUCACUUGAACGAAGAAACUGCCUUGGAGAACAGCUUGCUCGAAUGGAAAUCUACCUCUUUCUUGUUUCAAUUCUUCAAAAAUUUAGCGUCCGGCAUAAUAGCUCCUAUUUGAAUAAAUUACCCGCGCUUGAUGAUGGAGUGUUAGGAAUUGCGUACGUACCUAAGCCUUUCACGCUAACAUUUGUUAAGACAAACUGAUCGUUGUGUGUAAUAAUGUAUAUAUAGCUAUAUUUUUCGUAUUCAUUGUUUUAGUGUAUAGGCUUUCAUAACAUGCUAACACCAGUCUUGCUCUUGUCAUUGAUGAUUAUAUAUAUAACUAACUGUAGCUUGACUUAUAAUUAAUGUUAUUAUCAACUAACACAA